CCCAAAGACUCCGCCUUCCCAGGAGCCCCCGCGGCCCUGCGAAGAUGGCGGCGACAGCGGCCCCACUUUCCUGAAGCGGCUGCGAUGGAACCUCCCCCAGCUCCGGGGCCGGAGCGGCUCUUUGACUCGCACCGGCUCCCGAGUGACGGCUUCCUGCUGCUCGCGCUAUUGCUCUACGCGCCGGUCGGCCUCUGCCUCCUGGUUCUGCGACUCUUCCUCGGGCUCCACGUCUUCCUGGUCAGCUGUGCUCUUCCUGACAGCGUCCUCCGCAGGUUCGUGGUACGAACCAUGUGUGCGGUACUGGGGCUCGUGGCCCGACAGGAGGACUCCGGACUCCGGGAUCACCGCGUCAGGGUCCUUAUUUCCAACCAUGUAACACCUUUUGACCACAACAUAGUCAACCUUCUCACCACCUGUAGCACCCCUCUACUCAAUAGUCCCCCCAGCUUUGUAUGUUGGUCUCGGGGCUUCAUGGAGAUGGAUAGGCGGGUGGAGUUGGUGGAGUCACUCAAGAAAUUCUGUGCUUCCACGAGGCUUCCACCCACACCUUUGCUGCUCUUCCCCGAGGAAGAGGCCACCAAUGGCCGAGAAGGGCUCCUGCGUUUCAGUUCGUGGCCAUUUUCUAUCCAGGAUGUGGUACAACCUCUUACCCUACAAGUUCAGAGACCCCUGGUCUCUGUGACGGUGUCAGAUGCCUCCUGGGUCUCAGAACUGCUGUGGUCACUUUUCGUCCCUUUCACGGUGUAUCAAGUAAGGUGGCUUCAUCCCAUUCGUCGACAGCUGGGGGAAGAGAAUGAGGAGUUUGCACUCCGUGUACAACAGCUGGUGGCCAAAGAAUUGGGCCAGAUAGGGACACGGCUCACGCCAGCAGACAAAGCAGAACACAUGAAGCGACAGAGACACCCCAGAUUACGCCCCCAGUCAGUGCAGUCUUCUUUUCCUUCUCCUCCCAGCCCUUCUUCUGAUGUGCAACUGACCAUUCUCGCUCAAAGAGUCAAGGAGGUUUUGCCCCAUGUGCCAUUGAAUGUCAUCCAGAGAGACCUGGCUAGGACUGGGUGUGUAGACUUGACCAUCACCAAUCUGCUUGAGGGGGCUGUGGCUUUCAUGCCUGAAGAUGUCACUGAGGGAUCUCAGUCCCUGCCCACAGCCUCUGCCCCAAAGGCAUUCGAUGGGUGUUUAAUGAUGAUGACUUCGCAAGCCCUCUGACAUUGUGAUCACCUCAGUUCCCCAGCUCUGGCCUGGUGACCCCUCAGCCCACAGCCCUAACAUUUGCCAAGUCUUCCUGGGCCCGUCAGGAGAGCCUGCAGGAGCGCAAGCAGGCACUGUAUGAAUAUGCAAGAAGGUGAGAGCGUCAGAGGACGAAGUGUAGGAAAGAACAAAUUGGAAAGAGGCCGGAUGGAGCUGAUAUGACAAAGCCUAUACACUCUCUCCCCAUGUCCCACAGGAGAUUCAGAGAGAGACAGGCCCAGGAGGCUGAAUGAGCCCAAAGAAACAGGAUGGUACCCAGAGCCGCAGGACGGAGACUGGGGGCAGCCCUCACCCAGCUAACAACAGGCCGGAUGAGUGGGUGGUAAAAAGGGAGGGAUGGGGCUCCCCCAAUCUCACAUUAAAUUCAGGGUUUUCACUCAA